GUGAACUCCUCAGUCUUCUCUGACGGAGCUGAAGUACAGAAACCAUAUUUACAGAUACAUGUGACAGCGCUGCAGAGAUGAGUGGAAUUUUAAAAGGGAAGUUUGAAGAAAUUGACAGCUCCUCACCUUGCUGCUCUGUGCAGGAAUCAGAUGAUGAAGUUUUUAGCUGUGACAGUGCUGACAGUGUUGAUAGUGUCAAUCCGUCCACUUCUAAUCAUUUCACUGGAGAAAAUAAAGAGCUAUCAACAGACUGAAAAGAUGUUUUCAGAGGCGUAGAGUCUUCGAGAAGAUAUUGCAAUUCAUGAGAUCUCAAGACUCCUGCAGCCAUCUCCUUCGGGAAUCUGAACAGAAAGCCAACUAUUCCAGCCUAAAGCCCAUCCUUUGUCAGCCAGUAAUAAGUAAAUCACCCUGGUACCAGAAAAAGCAGAAGUUGGUCUGUGAAGGUACAUGUGACAGCACUGCAGCUAUGAGUGGAAUUUUAAAGAGGAAGUUUGAAGAAGUUGACGGCUCUUCACCCUGCUCCUCAGUGCGGGAAUCAGAUGAUGAAGUUUCCAGCAGUGAAAGUGCUGACAGUGGGGACAGUGUCAAUCCAUCCACUUCUAAUCAUUUUCCCCCUUCCUCCAUUCUCAAACGGGAGAAGAGACUGAGGACAAAGAAUGUGCAUUUUAGUUGUGUCACCGUGUACUACUUCACCAGGCGGCAAGGCUUCACGAGUGUGCCCAGUCAAGGGGGCAGCACCCUGGGCAUGUCCAGCCGACACAACAGCGUGCGCCAGUAUACCCUGGGCGAAUUUGCCAGAGAGCAGGAGAGGCUCCACCGGGAGAUGUUGAGAGAACACCUCAGGGAGGAAAAACUGAAUUCUUUAAAACUGAAGAUGACUAAAAAUGGCACUGUGGAAUCUGAAGAAGCUAGCACUCUUACAGUAGAUGACAUCUCUGAUGAUGAUAUUGACUUAGACAACACAGAGGUAGAUGAGUACUUCUUUCUACAACCCCUGCCCACAAAAAAACGGAGAGCAUUGCUGCGGGCUUCGGGUGUGAAAAAGAUUGAUGUAGAGGAAAAGCAUGAACUGCGAGCCAUCCGCCUGUCUCGAGAGGACUGUGGCUGUGACUGCCGAGUGUUCUGUGAUCCAGAAACGUGUACCUGCAGCCUGGCAGGCAUUAAAUGUCAGGUGGAUCGAAUGUCUUUCCCAUGUGGCUGCACUAAAGAAGGCUGUAGUAACACAGCAGGUAGAAUUGAAUUUAAUCCUAUCCGUGUCCGGACUCACUUUUUGCACACAAUAAUGAAACUUGAACUGGAGAAAAAUCGAGAGCAGCAAAUCCCCACUCUGAACGGCUGCCACAGUGAGAUAAGUGCUCACAGUAGUUCUAUGGGCCCUGUUGCUCACUCUGUCGAAUAUUCCAUUGCAGACAAUUUUGAGAUUGAAACUGAACCGCAGGCUGCAGUGCUGCACCUGCAGUCCGCCGAGGACUUAGAUUGUCAAGGGGAGGAGGAGGAGGAGGAGGAAGAGGAGGACGGGAGCAGCUUCUGCAGCGGAGUCACUGAUUCUAGCACGCAAAGCUUGGCGCCUAGUGAGUCAGAGGAGGAGGAGGAGGAGGAAGAGGAGGAGGAGGAGGAAGAAGAGGAAGAAGAGAAAGGGGACAGCUUCGUGGAAGGUUUGGGCACCCAUGCCGAAGUUGUCCCUCUUCCCUCUGUCCUGUGUUAUUCUGAUGGCAGCGCUGUUCAUGAAAGCCACGCAAAAAAUGCUUCUUUUUAUGCCAACACUUCAACUCUGUAUUACCAAAUAGAUAGCCACAUUCCAGGAACUCCUAAUCAGAUCUCAGAGAACUAUUCUGAAAGAGAUACUGUCAAAAAUGGUACCCUCUCGCUGGUGCCUUACACCAUGACCCCAGAACAAUUCGUGGACUACGCCCGACAAGCAGAGGAGGCCUACAGCGCGUCCCACUACCCCACUGCCAACCCCUCCGUCAUCGUUUGCUGCUCCUCCUCCGAAAAUGACAGCGGUGUGCCCUGCAAUAGUUUAUAUGCGGAACAUAGGUCCAGUCAUCCUCAAGUGGAAUUUCAUUCCUACUUGAAAGGUCCCUCCCAGGAUGGGUUUGUCUCUACAUUGAAUGGUGACAGUCGCAUCUCAGAGCAUCCUCCUGAAAAUUCUUUGAGUCUUGCAGAAAAGAGCAGAUUGCACGAGGAGUGCAUCAAGUCGCCCGUGGUUGAGACUGUGCCUGUUUAAUAGCUUAAGUUAUUCUCAGACCAGAUCUCCUCCUAUUUAAAGCACUGUAUUUAAUUGCUUUUCCUGGGCCCAUCAUUGUUUAAACUGAGGACCAAGAAAACUUCGACUGUGGUGAAUCUUCCAGACUGUAUUUUGUUUUCUCCUUUCUAACUAUGUGACUGUGGCAUUGCACAAAUACAGUCUCCAUGAGGAUUUUAAAAGAUUUCAGACUGUUUUGAUAGAAAAUGCUAAUUUUAAAAAAGCAUAUCUCACAGUUGCCUACCUGUGAAACUGUGUGAAACCUGCCAAGCUGUGUAAAUCAGAGCUCCAAGUUUUGGAUUUUCGGGCCUGUGCAAGAUUGUUAUCUAAAACUGGGAAAUACUAAGAUUUAGAGUCCUAAUUUUCGAUAUAUCUGAAGAUGAUGGUGACUUUUUAAUGUAAAAGUAAUUAUUGUAAGAAAAAGAUUUAAUCGUUCCAUGUGUAUUUUAUUUAUGGUAGUUAGAAGUCAUGUUUUGAUGAAAAUGAACAGCAGCAUGUUCUUUUAAGCUGAAGAUGCAUAGUUAGUACCACCGAGCAUGCCCACACGGAUUGCAUCUGGAAUCCAUUCACAUUUUUAUGAUCAUGACUGAUGAGAUUUGCAAAUACUUUCUUAAGGAUGAAAUAGGCCUAUUUUUGCUAUUUUGGACAAAUAAAUGAGUCUCUAUGUGCAGGUCCUUCCACAGUUUUCUCUAAAGUGAAGAGUUAGGACAAUCCUCCGGUGAGGGGUUAGUUCAUUGCCCUCCCUCAGUUGACUCCAGAGAUGGAGGUAGAAGGAAUUGCCUUUCUUUUUUAAACAGCAUCAUCUUGGUUCUUAGCUUGGACAGCACCUUUAAACUCUACUCCCCUAUAUCAAAAUGCACUUUAGUGCCCCUUCAUGGUACCUUGUGAGGGUUGGGGACUGAGAACUCUUUGAGAUGAAAAUAAAAUUUUUUAAAAUCUGUAACUAUUAUAAGGUUCACAUAAUUAAUAUAGAGGAAUCAUCCAAUGAUACUUUAUGAAGGAAAAGUGACCUCUUUUCCUUCACCACUCUGAAGACCUAACUCGGUAAAAGCAGAGGAGGCUGAGGAAACAUGGAAAAGACACAUCCUCAGCAACCAGCCUUUUCUACAGCGUAAUCAAUCCAUCUCUUCAAAAUGAGUGAUAAUGAGAUUUCCAGGUAGUGACUAACUGAUUGAAGGGGGGGGGGGCCUCUACCCAAAUACUCAACUAAGGCCUUACUUUUCUGAAGCAUUUUGAUUUCUCUUGCCUCAGACAAUUAGCAGAACAGUCCAGAAUGCAUUGAACACUUUCUAAUUACCUCACGUUCUCUUAGUGAAAGGGAACAGAUAGAAAUAAACCAUGCACUCCCCCCCUUUAGAUUAUCUGCACUUGGUUCAUCGGAGGACUUCUAAAAUUUAGGUUUUCUUGUAAAUUAAUUUAGGUAACUAGUGUGUUCUACCUUUUUUUUAAUGCAAUAUGACUAUGCUAAAUCAGUUUCACAUUUUUAACUUUCUAUUGUUAUGUCACUUCACAUUUUAUGCCUCUUUGAAAUGUGGACAUGCCUUGCUAGUCAACGACUGCAUCACUGCUUAACUUUUUUUUUUAAGAUUUAUUUAUUUAUGCAUACAAGAGCUGGGGUACAGGCCAGAGAUGCAGGGGGUGAGAGGAUUCACCAGAGACAGCAGAACAGGCAGAUCUACUGAUUACACUGCGGAGCAGAGCAACAGGCGAGGCAGAAGUCUGCUGCACCAUGUGGGUCACCUCCCUGGCCAGGGAUCGAACUCAUGCCUCAGUGGCUUCAGAUAGCCUCAUAGUGCUGUGUGUCUCAACCCCCUGCUCCACCAGAGAGGCCCCAUUGCUUAAUUUUCAAUGUCUUUUAGACUUGGAUGUUUAGAAGUACAGCUAUAAAUACAUUGUAGAUCUCAAUUCUUUAAAAAGUACUAUUUUUUUAAUUGAACUUUAAAAUGUUUAGAGGGAGUCCUCCAAUGGAAAAGUUUCUACUAAAACUUGAUGUGAGGAAAACAUGUUUACCUGGCAGAUCUUCCACCAUGCAGUUGGUUCCUGCCUGUUCUCUACCCUAAAAAUGGGCCAAAUUUAUAACCAUUAAUGUGAAGGAAAUUUUGGGUUUAUCCUUAUGGAGGUCACAGUAAUGGGGAUAGGAGUAUCCCUUUUGAAGGUUAACCCCUUUGGGGUGAUCAGACUGGAGUUUUACUCAAAUCUCAGUAGUAUAUGCCAUGCUGUCUCCAAAGUUACAGUUUUUAGUGCUUGAUCUCUGAUUUUUUCCCCCACCAAUACAAUCUAUAGAGCACCAGCCCAAAGAGAAAAAUGACAAAGAGGCUGUUGUUCUUUUAUUCAAGCAUGUGAAAGAAUCGUGUGUUCCGUAUUAACUGGUCCAUUACAAACCUUGAAAUAUCUAUGUAUAAAGCACUUGGAAUUUAUUCUUGGAACACAGAGUUUGGCAGAGUGGGAAAGAGAAGAUUUUGGCUGGGACAGAGUUGAAGGCUAGAAUGGUGGUCAGUUUCAGAAAAGAUAGGUAUUUAAUUUAGUUCAGCUUUAUUUUCGUAAGAAGGUUUGACACUUGUUUACAUUUGGCUGGUCCGUUUUGUAGUUUCAUUUCCAAAAGAUGCUUAACUUAGAUAUAGGCAAACAAGAAAACAGAGCUUUUUGUUCCCUAUCCAAAUGGAGUUGAAGGUCACUGAGGCACAGAAUAAUUAACCUUCCAACAAUGACAGCUUCCUUUCCAAAUUUUCAUAUACAUAACCUAACCCCUAAACAUCUCCCACAAAUUGCAUGAAGACACUACCUAUUAAGACACUCCCAUGUAACCAUACAUUAGAAAGAUGUAUACCAUACACUGGACAGUGACAGAUUUUAGGCAAUGGCCAGUAAGGAAUACUGAAUUUUCCUUACACAAGAAUCUGGUUGGGUUUUAUAGUCUAAAAAUGUGGUCUAGAAAACAGGAUCAUUUUUAAAGCUAUAUUGGGUUAAAUUUGCAAAUAAUACUGAUGGGAUCAUUUCACUGUUACUUUCUUUCCCAGAAAGCGAGCAUAGUGUUCCAUCUGACUUUUUCCCCAUUAAUAGCCCUUUCUAUUCAACAAAAUCUGCCCACAUGCCAGGAAAGCAUUACAGUUUUUCUAAGCUUCUUAAAAAUGGGGAUCAAUCUCGAUGCAGCCAGUUGGGAUACUUAAGGUCUUUAUGCCAAGACACAAUAACCUGACCUGCAGCUGUUGUAUUGCCCCCAUAGUAUAUCUGACCAAAUUAGUCUUUCUUGACACACAGCCUUUUAGUCAUUCACUGUCAAUGGCAAAGUUUCAUGCUCUGGUCCCUGUUGUUUUAGCACUGGCCCAAUACCUUUUAUUGGGGCUUAAUUCCCAGUUAUAAUCCAGGCCAAAUUGAUUUGCAAGUCAAGUGACUAAAGCAGCUUGCAUCUCCUUUGUAUUCUAGUUUCCUUUGGGAGAAAGAAGUCAAUGAAAGAGAUUUACUUAAGUUGUUUUCCUCCAUCUCUUGAUCAUUGAUUAUUAAGACAUAAGUAAAAUUCAAUUGUCUCAUGUCUUUUGGUUAAUUGAAUAUUAUACUUUUGAAAGCCAAUCUUUAAUCGUGAUGAAACUAUUUUUCGCAGUGUGUCAGACAAAACAUGAAGUUAAUAUUUAUCAGAGUGAUAAAAUCUUAAUAAUCUUACAUGAACCAACAAUACCCCCUCCCAAAAUAAAACAAUAAAUUACAGAUACACUGGUCACAAAUUAAUCAAGAAAGCAAGAGAGAUGAUAUUAAGUGAUUAUGUCCUUGAAAAUUCUAUAUUCAAUAUUCACAUGACUUGUAGACAAAAUUCUGGUUUUGUUACCAUUAAGCAGAAAAAUAUAUCAUUCAUUUCCUAUAAAUUGAUAUAUCACUUGUACUUUAAGCUUCUGAUAUUGUGGUGCAAGUUUAUAACCCUUUGGUGUUACUAGUUAAAAUUCAUCAACUAUUAAUUCUUUCAAGAAAUAUUUAUUGAACACCUAUUAGAUUAAAGGAAUCAUUGUAGUUGGUAAAAAGAGGGGAAACUACAAAUUAUAAGGGAUGGUGAUGAAGUGGCAUGAAAUAAUCAAACCACCAUUUUAAUAUGUGAUUUUAUAAAGAGAUAUUAGAAAAAGUGACAUCAAUUAUCAUCUAAUUAUAUAUGUAAACUGCGUCUAAAAGGAUAAUUUUUCCUAAAUUAAUGGAAUUCACUGUGUCUUCCUUCUUCCCUUUCCCCUUAACUAAAAUUUAUAGCUUAAAUCUGGACUCAGCUAGAAUUUAUCAAAUAAAAUAGUUUCCGCUAAUUGCUCCUUCCGUGUUAGACCUAUACAAAUGAUGCUAAAUUUAUACCAGCAAACUCCUACCAGACAGUUUCAAAGGCGGGUUUGACUCACACAUAACUUGGGAAAUUGUUCAGGAAACCUUUGAAACAACAAUGUGAAACACAAUCACUCUUCUAUUUAUACACAGCCUAUCAGAUAGCAAAACCCUACUUCCAAGUUCCAAAGGCUUCACCUUGCAACAGGGAGAAAAAAGUACAUCCAUCACCUCCCCACACCCAAACUUUUAACUGGGGUUACAAACCAUCAAAUUAGCAGGUAGAAAAUGAACAUCCUCAGAAGUCAAUCCGAGACUGCCUUAUUAAAAUAUGCCACGGUCUUCCAUUUCUUCAAAUAUGACUUAAUCUUUCUCUUUAAAAUGGCCUCUGCUCCUCUUUCUCUCAGAGAAUUUAGGGUGCCAUGGUUAAAGUGAUUCUUUAAAAUGCUAACCUUAAAUGGAAGCCCCUUCAUGCUUUCAAAGGCCAGACUUGACCAUAAUUUGAAACAAAUUAUCUGUUGUAUCCUUACCAUGACCAACACCAAAAAUUUAAAGCCUUAAUUAUUCUUGGUUUUAACAGAUUUGAGACUAUUGAUCACAUUACUCUUUCUAUGGUCUGCUAGCGUGUGCUCCAGUAACUUGAAUGCCUAAGCCAAAUGCCACACACAGCUUUGCACAAAUAGCACAGCUCAUCAAAUGUUUUUCUGUAGCACUAAAGAAUGUAAUUGACUUAAUUUAACUGAAUAACAGCAAUUCAGAAACUCAGUAGAAUUACGGAAGAGUCAGGGUGGGGUGAGCAUGGAAUAUAAGCUUAAUACAUAGUCGUGUCUCCUAAGAGCCCUAAUAUUUCAACAGAGCUGAAAAACUAAAAUUUUAUUAUACUGCAGAAAUAAGUCACAAAUAUUCCAAAACUUGAAGGUUACAGUGUGGAUGUUAUGAUGACAUUCGGGCCUAGUUGGUUCUCACAUCUGCUGUCCACCAUCCACAUCAAUUACAAUUUACUGUCUAAAAAUAAUUUGAUGCUUUAAAAAGGAAAAACAGAGUUACAACAUACUAAAGAAACUAAGUUUUAAAUACAUUUUAUAUUAACAGGACUGAUUAUUGUCAAGAGUAAUGAAUAUGGGAAUAAAAGGGUUCUUUACUGUUUUACUUGCCAAAUCUGUAAUCAGUGUGAUGCUUUAAAAGUCACUUCUAAGUUUUAUAUCUUCUAAAUUUUACAUCAAUUCUUCUCAUGGCAGUCAAGCUAGACCGUGAGAUCCCCUCCUAGCCCAAAAGCCAGAUAUGACCUGUAUUUUAUCUGGUGACCAGUUCUGCAGUUAGUCUAACUACGUGUUGUCUGGAUAGUAGAUGGUAUGUCUUUGGUUUCGUAUCCUGACUAGUGAUUUAGACAGAAUGACCUGAUAGGAAACAGAAAGGUGUAUAAAAGCAGAUUCAAAGCCUAAACCAGUUCAUUUUUUAUAUGCAAUUUUUGUAAUCUAAAUAUAUAGCCCAGAAUUUUAGUAAAUACAAGUAAUUGUUCCAUUCAUGGAAAAAUGAAGUAAAUUCAAAGAUUUAGGUCACAUUGUUAACUACUUUCAUUUAUGAUAAAUACAUCACUACAAGGUAAUUGAUUUUUAUUUGAUAAUUUACACUUGCUUUUUUAAUUCAAGAAAAGCCAACUUUAGUGUCAUUUUAUUUCAUCCGAUGGAAGUUUUUGGCAGGAUUAAAGUUUCAAAGGAAUAUGAUAGAAUUUCUUUUGCACAGUAUUUGUAUUCAACAUGUUAAUGAUGUCAUUCCUUUCUUUGUGGUAUUCAAUUCCAUGGUGAUGGUCCAGUCAGUUCAAUAACUCAUUUUAGUAACAUGUGAGGUCAUUUAACUAUUUUUAAGAUAAUGUAUAUAGAUUAGAAGGAUUUAGAAUAGGAAAAUAUUAUGGUAUAAAUUAGCCUUGCCUUUGUCUAAGUUAAUUUAUGUUACCUAAUUCAUUUUAGUUAUAAUUUUGGAAUAGCUUCAUUGUUAGGUAUCCCUUUCUUUUAUCUUUUGGCUUCUUCCUAAUAUUUUUAUCUGGCUUGGAAGUGUUUUAAUGGUUACCUAUUAAUGAGUUACUGAAAGGAAAUUGAUUUAGAAAAUCUCUCUUUAAAAAUUAUCUAGAAGUUUCUAUCACCAGAAAUCUUUACCAUGUCCUGCUGCCUUGCUGGGGAAGACCAGAAAUUCUCCUGUUAGGAGUGUGACCUAAUAGUCUUUCGCUAUUGUCUCUACAAAGGGAAUCUAUUGAAAAUGAGAUUGAAAUUUCUAGCUUUGUAGCAUAAUUUACUCAAUUUUGUUUGCUUCUCCUUCCUUUAUUGGCCACCAAACUUUUGCACUGGCCAUAAAGAAAACCAAUCAUUUUUAAAACUUCUGCAGUCUAUGCUGUUUUGAGCUUUUAUUUAUAUAUAAAAAAAAGAAGAAAAUGAAAUAAAAUCCAAAUCUGAAUUCCACUAAAGAGAAAAAACUAUCUAGAUUUAGUAAAUAAUUUGCCUGAGGUUAGUUUUCUUUUUUUUUUUAAGUUAGUUUUGAUCCUUGGAUGGUUUAAUGAUAAUCACAGGAUAUCUGAUCUUGAUUGAUUUUAAAUAUUAAUUGUUGGUAAAGUCAUUUUUUGGUACCAAAAUCAAAUGUGUCUACUGCCAAAGAUUGCUGUCUGAAUCUUGAUUUAUUAGGCACUAGUCAGGCCAAAUGGGUAUCUCAGAAUAGUUUAAUCUUUUCAAAGAUACUUACAAUGGCCCAACUGUGUGUGAAUAAUGGAAAGUUUGAGAAUCUUCUGUAUUCUUCAAAUUUUAUGGUCCUGAGACUAAAAGUGAUCUCCAGAGGUCAUGUGGCUCAUCCGUCUACCUCCAGGGAGGACUGUCAUUCAAGCAUGCCCGACAGGAUAGACACCCAUCUAUUCCGAACAUCUCUAGGGAAGGCAGUUUCCUUGGCAACACAAUCCAGUUCUCUUAGGUUUUUCUCACCAUAAGAAAAUAUCUUGGCCAGUCUUUGUGGACAAGGCACCUGGCAACAGUUGUGGUGAUUUGGGCUAUUGUUCUGGGAGACUCAGAGGAAGUUGGGCUUCCCCUACCUUUGAUGCUUAAUACAUUUGAUGAUUCCAUAAGUCUCCUAAGAAAUUAGAUUAUUUAAAAUAAAGAUAUGGGUACUGAGGCAAUACUCAGUACAGUGACAUAUUUUGACAAAUACAGCUGUAGUUUUUUUCUUUUAAUUUCUUAUUUUCUGAUUGCUGUGCCGUCAGAAGGCAAUGUCAGGAAAAAUGACCGUUUCAGAUCCUCAGUGACAAACAUCAGAGAUAGGAUCAAGUAAAUGGAUUUUCAAACUGCUCAAAUUUUCUGAGAAGUUACAAUUACAUAAAGUGAGUCUUUCUAUCUUGCUUCUAAAUAAGUAUCUUCUCAUUAAUCUUUCUUUACCUUAAAGUGACAGAUAAGAAUUUCAAAUUUUCCACUCCUUCUGGAAAAGAUAUGACUAGUUGUGGAGAGUCUGAAGUGGAAUAAAAUGACUCUAGAGAAUUACUCAGCCACCAUUUAUCCAAGCUUUUGUCCCCAUCUUAUUUAAACAAUGGCUGCUUGCCUUCUCAGGGAUCAGCAAAAUGAUUUAAAGAUUUGUCAUCCUGACAAGGCCUGAAUAUGAAGGGAGGAAACAGGGAGGAUGGUGAUUUUUUUUCCUGAUCACAUCACUUGACCCAAGCACCCCCUCCCUGCCCCACUCCCCCACGCCCCACAACUUUGCAAGCAAUUUCUGUUCAUUCAGUGUUGUUUCCAACUUAAAAUCAGAACUAACUGGAAGAUGAGCAGCACCCCCAAAAUCAAUCUUUCCUUCCUCCAUGGGAUUUUUUUCAAUCUACGUACAGUACAGCUGUUUCUCUCCUCAAACCACAUGCUCUUAUGAAAUGACAGCCCCACCAGUGUGGUUGCUCCCCAUAAACAACACUAGGGGAAAGAACCCUUUUUGUUUUCAAAAAAUGAUUUUGAAUGCUUUUAUAAAGGGUGUUGAAUAAUUUGGCCCAUGUUUUAAUUGAUUCUAGGCACCUUUAUGGAGGGUAGUUUGUGAAACAUGUUUCAAAAGUGUUUGAUGUAAAAUAAAUGCUAGACAUUUACAGUACAGAAAUAGUUUUUAAAAAUUAAAAACCUGUAGAUUACAACUCUUCUUAAGAACCUCAGCCUUUAUUGUGUCUUAGUAAAGUUGAUCUGCUUUCAUUUUAGUUUAUUGCAUUUCUGGUGUAAUAGCCUCUGAAGAUAGAACUAUUAAUACAUAUGUACUGGUUAAUGCCUGUUAAUGCAGAAAAUGGCACUUUGUUAUUUCAAUGUGUUUCCCUCAAUGUCACAGGGUAUAUAAAUUUGAUAGGAAAAGGUCAUUUGACAUUGAUCAAAAUACAUUUCCCCCAUUUAAAAUGUAUCUGUAUAAUUGGUUACAUAAACAAAUGUCGCCUUUUGCAGUAUAUGUAUCUCAAUCAUAGUCUUAGACAUCAACUCUGUCUCCACUUUCCAGUUGCAAUAGAAAUUUGGUAUAUUUGCAAAUUCUGGUGAAAUCUUAUGAACUGAAUGUAAUGGUGGAUCAAAUGAUCCAAAGGACUUGGGUGUUAUUCUUUAGUCUUUGUUGAGCCAUUUCGGACAUUGGGAAUGGUCGUUACACAAGGGAAGUCAUUCGAGAGCAUUUGAUGCUUGGUUAUGUUUUUUCUUUAUUUUAGGCUGGUAAAAUAAAAGGUAAUUCAAAUACACGGUGAGAGAAACUCACUGUAAAUUUUUUUUGACAUUGUGAUAAGUUCCUUUUAUUUGAUUUUUGGUAUGACUUUUACACAAUCUCAACAGUGUUUCAAUAGAUAUUUUAUUUCUGUUAAGUUCAAUCUAAUCACUUAGAAAGGAUGAAAGGGAAGAAUAUCAGACUACAAUUCAUACACACAAUCACUCUCCACUCACUGAGACGCCAUGUUGUAUGUCAGUUUCUAGAUUGAACUCUCUUAUGUGUAAGUUAUAACAUCAAAGAUGCCAAAGGGUAUAUAAAAUAAGCUACAAUAAUAGUCAACAGAACUUAACCUGGACCUUAUGUUGUAAUAAUUUAUUCAUAAUAGCUGUAGUCUUCUGUAUUUAUAUUUUCAGUAUUUAUUAUGGAUGACAUGGAAAUUCGUGUAUUUAUUGUGGCUUUUUAUUGCAGUGUGUACAUAUAUAUUACAAAUAAGCAUUUUUAAGUCUUAUCUUUAAGUUUCUUUUAUUAGUGGCACUUGUAUUAUGCUGUACUUUUUAUCAAAUAUUGUACAAUAUCUUGUCCAUUUGUUUGCAGCAGAGUAAAACCGGUU